UAAUAUCCUUGAUUCUUCUGUUCUCUUCCAACAACCGGUCCAAUCGUACCACCGGCUCAUUCGCUGAAUGAUCAUGGCUUCAAUUGACCUGUCGCCGCGCGAAGCCAAGUCCCCACAAAAUGACUCACUUCUUGCCCUGGAUGAUGAUACACCCAACGAUUCAUCUUGUUCUGUGGUGACUGAUGACAACCGCUCCUCUUUGCUUUCAUCUGAUUCCGCAUCUUCGCCUUGCCCUGGACUGCCUCGAACACCUCCUCGACUGGAUAUCACACCGCCAUCAAUCCGGGUUGCACAAACGAUCCGAUGUGACGAACAACAAUUUUGGCCCAAUUCACACAACAAUCCACACGCUCCUUCUUCCUCCACCCACUCGGUCGAUAUCGCACCUGGUCUGGCACAUUCGCCAACUCAAUCUGAUUUGGGUUCUUUGUCUCGUUAUUCCUCAAAUGCAGACACGACCGCCGUCCUAUUACAACCGCCCACCCAUGCUAGCCUAUCCACAGAAGGCCUGCAAUCUCAACCUGGCCACCAUCCUUUGAUCCCCAGGUCGACAUUCCAACAGGUGCAGCUGGGCGGGAUUCCUAUCUCGACCCAAUGGAAUUCAAACCAGCAUCAGUCAAACGAUCCAAUGCACUUCACAAAUGUUGACAAUGCUCUUUGUCACACAAGCGACUUCAUGCCAUCACCUGCCUUCGUUCAGGGGGAAAUGGAUGGGCACGAAGUUGAUCCCUUUUCGCAGCUCUCUGCCCACACAUUGGCAUUGAUGGAUCAGCCUGAAAGCGAGGUGACCAUCUACGACUGCGAAUACUGUGAGAAGACCUAUCAAGGCAAGCAUGCGCGAAGCAUCUGGAGACGGCAUCUCUCCGACAAACACAAGAUCCCCUUGUCCACCCAGCCGCGCCGCACCCGCUGGGAUAAUGAUGUCAACAGACCCAAGACCGAGGAGGAGCGUCGUGAAAGGACCCUGGAGAGCAAGCGCCGUUGGGCCCGGAAGAACCGCGCGGCUAAGAAGGCUGCCCGAGAGGGGCAGAAGAACUCGAUGGAACAAGCCUCAGCGAUGAUGAAUUCCCAGUCUCUCCCAUAUAAUCUAAUGCGAGGUGCCCCUGGUGGGAGCCAGGUGCCUUCUCCUGCCUUGUACCCAUCAUCACAUGGCUACACAGCGGGUUCACCCGAUUACUUUACCGGUGUCGAGUCGCAUGCUCCCAAUCAGUCGUCGUUGCAGGUUCACCCUUCCAGAUCGUCGGUGUCCACUAUGUCGCGUGGCUCCAGUGUCUCUCAAUCGUUCUCGCAUCGUCCACCACUGCCCUCUCAGACGCCGCAUCCUAUCAGCAGUGCCCCCUACAACCCAUCCUUUCCUAUCAACCAGGGCACUGCCCCUGCGGAAUGGACAUUCCAACCAGCCGGUUCCAAAGCCAGCUCUUACUCUUUCGGAAACUACUCCGCUGCACCCGAAGCGCAUUCCCCGUUCCAGAUAUCAGAUCGUUUCGCCAAUGAGGGGCAAUCAUCCGAGCUAUUCGCCCCAAUCUUCCCAAAACCACAGCCUGCGCCAAAGCCCUCCAACGAGCUACGGAGGCGACGUCAUUCGCCAAGAUCUGGGCCCAUCCCGAACUCCCGGAUUGCUAUGCAAGCGCGCCGUUGA